GUUAACAACAAACAACAACAGCGACAGUCGGAAAGGUUAGGAAUUUGUGUUUUAUAACUGCUCCAAGCGGCGAUCAUGAGGUUUUACGUAUGUGUGAGUUUCAUGAUUGUCGUUCGUCUGGCGUCUCCCUUUGUUAUUGGCCCGCCGUUCGUAGCUGACGCCUGAUCAUAUUUUUUCUGCCGCUCUCAUUAUUCGUGCGUACCUAUUGUCUGUUUUAGUGCCGUCGUCGCUCGUCUGCUCGAACCGAACUGUUAAUCUUCUGUUAUUAAAUAACGAUUUGAGUUUCAUGACACUUUAUUCUGUCUAACUACAUUGUGCGCGGCUAGUCACCGCCAUUUUAGUUUUCGCUAGUACCGCCGUCCGGAUAUUCGAUUCCACCAUGAGUGAACUACUUUGUGAAAAUUUUGAUGUGUGUAGAUUAUGUUUGGUCGAGCGUGGCACAGAGGGUUAUGAACCGUUUGUGCACAUUAUGACGCCUAUCGACGGAAAACUAAAGUCAAAAAAGCUAGUGUUGGAUUUGCUUGGAAUCGAUAUCGAGUCCGAUGGUGUUAAACCCAAGAUGCUUUGCAAAUGCUGCUUUGGAUCACUAGACAGCUUUAAUCAGCUGAAGAAGAAAGCAAAUGAAAAUCAAAUUGUAGUCAAUUAUAUUGCUAAGAAAAAAUUUGGUGGUACUAUGCCUGAAACAUCUGUUGCAUCUACUUCAUCGCUGAUGUUAAGGAAUAAUGGAGAAUUAUCUCAUUCCAUGCCUGGAACAUCUACCGCAUCUACUUCAUCAAUGAUGUUAAGGAAUAAUGAAAAAGCAUCUCAUGAAACUCCGGUCAAAAGUUAUCGAUCAAUAUCAAAACGAUCAAAUGAGUUUGGUAAUUCCAUGCCUGGAACAUCUAAAGCAUCUACUUCAUCAAUGACGCUAAGGAAUAAUAAAGUAUCGUCUCAAGAACCUCCGUUCAAACAUUCUCGAUUAUCAUCAAAACAAUCAAAUAAGUUUGGUGAUUCUAUGCCUGGAACAUCUAAAGCAUCUACUUCAACAGUGACGUUAAGAAAUAAUGAUGAAUCGUCUCAUGAAACUCCGUUCAAAAAUAAUCGAUCAAUAUCAAAACGAACAAAUGAGUUUGGUGAUUCCAUGCCUGGAACAUCUAAAGCAUCUACUGCAUCAAUGAUGUUAAUGCAAGAAAUUAAAAAAGAAAGAAUUUUAAAUGAACGUAGUAAUAGUGAUGACUAUCAAGGUAGUAGGUUUUUAGUUAUAACAUCAGAUUAUGAAGAUUUAUCAGAUUUUUCAGAUGAUGGUUCUUGUAUAAUAACAACAGCUCCAAUUGAAACAAUUGAAUUAAUAUCAGAUGAUGAAGACGAUGAUAAUGAUAAUAUUGAAAAUGUAGAUGUAUCUGAAAAUGAAGAAACAAUUGAUUUAUCCCAGGAUGAAGAAAUAAUUGAAUUAUCAUCAGAUAGCGAGGACAAUGAAAAUAAUAUAAAAAAAGAAGAUGGUAAUGAUGUGACUGACAAAUUAUACUACUGUUCAAUUUGUCAAAAGAAGAAUAUUCUCAACCAUGAUUGUUCUCAACAUACUAAAUCAUUUUUUACUUGCUUGGUACCUGGCUGUAACAUUUUAUCAAGAUCUAAAAAAGAUUUUACAUUUCAUUAUCAACCGCAUAUUGGUAUGUCUUCAUCAGGAGUUAUGUGUCAUCGUUGUUUUAAAGGGAUAGAUCAAUCUAACAUGGAUGACAAUGGUUAUCACAUAUACUGUGAUAUGGAAAAUGCAUUUAAAUGUUAUUUAUGCAAUUUAAGAUAUAAAAGUAUACAAGAACUUGCCUAUCAUAAAUUAAAAUCACACAAUGGCAUCUUGUUGAACGUUCAUGGUAAUUAUUUAUGUUUUCAUUGUGAAGAAUCAUCUCCAGAUAUACAUGAAAUUGGUAAUCAUAUGAAACAUUGUCUUGAAAGUCAGGCAAAAAAUGAAACUGCUGCCAGCAUGAAAUCAAAAAAAGAAACAGAAUUAUUACCUAUUAAGAUAAAGAAGAAGAACGUAAUGGUACGUACAAAUAAAAACAAUAACAUGAUUCCGCGUACAUCAGAACAUGUACUUUUUACUUGUUUAAAACCUUCUUGCAAUGUAAUCUUCCAAUCCUUUAGCAAUUUUAAAUUUCAUUAUCGUCGCCAUUUUGAACUUGGAAAUGCCUUGGUAUGUUGGCAAUGUUGUAAGCCAUUUUCUGAUAUACCUGAUCUUAGAGCACAUCAAGUCAAAAAUAACUGUCGUACUCCUGGCAUGUACAAAUGUAAAUGUUCUGCAAAAUUUGAUGAUCUUGAAAGUUUGAGUAUUCAUAAAUUAACCUUCCAUGGAGGUAAAUUAGUUGCUGGUAAAAAAAAUAGAAAAACUAUUGUGUGUGCAUUUUGUCAAAUGGAUAUUAAUAUUUUCAACUUUAAAUCUCAUUUGGCCACUUGUCGAAAGAAGAAUUGCAAACAAAAUACUUGUACUACAAAGUCUAAAGGUGAAUAUACUUGUUUGACUUGUGAAAGAGUGUUCGCGUCAUCAAUAUCCUUAUCAAAUCAUUCGAGGGUGCACAAUCGGUUUCUAAUUUCAAAUUUGAAAAAAGAAAGUACAUAAUGUAAGAACUUAAGAACAUUUUGCAUUUUUCCAACUUAAGUUAAAAUCAAGAAACUGAUGGAUUGUUUAUGUUAAAAAAAAAUGAUCAUCAGUGGCAAAACGUUGCAUACUAUAGGCUUAAUAUACUAGAGUUAAAUUAUUUGUUCUAUUUUAUGUUUUGUUUUAUAUUUGUAUAAAGUACCUGCUCAUUUUUUUUUUUUAUUCUUAUUUUUGAUUUAUCAUGUAUGUUUUAAUAAUUUUAAUUUAGUAUAAUUUUUAUUUUAACUAUGGAAUAUAAUGGAUAUAAGAGUGUUUGCGUCAUCAAUAUUCUUAUCAAAUCAUUCGAGGGUUCACAGUCCUCUCGAAUUUCAAAUUUGAAAAAAGAAUAA